AUGUUGAUUUUCCAGGAGGUUUAUGGUAGCAUGAAUCAAGGAGGCAACACUCAGGCCGUAGCUCCAUCUCCACUUGACCCUAAUUCCAUUGAGAAUCGAUAUGGUGUUGAUGGAAGCCAAGUGCAGAUAUCUUCAUAUCAAUACUCAACUGGCUCUGAGGGUGCCUCGUGGACAGCGCACAGGGUGGAGAAUCAGGCUGUGGAGAAUGGGAACUAUACAAACUCAAACUACUACCAUCCACAGCCUACAGGGCCAGCGACAGGGAAUGUGCAAGAAGUAACGAAUACUGUAUCCUACACUAGCUCAUCGGCCUCUGGAACUGCAAAUGUGGCACAAGAUUAUAGUGGAUACACGCCAUACCAGACCACUUCCGAGCCACAGAACUAUUCAAACACUGGAUAUUCCAAUUACUACAGUGGCUAUCAACAGCAACAGCAGCAACCUAGCCAGUCAUAUACUCAGCCUGUAGGGGCGUAUCAAAACACAGGUGCUCCUUAUCAGCCUCUUUCCUCAUUUCAGAAUCCAGGAUCUUAUGCUGGGACUCCAAGUUAUUCAGGAACUUACUACAAUCCUGCUGAUUAUCAGACUACUGGAGGUUACCAAAGUACAAACUAUAACAACCAAACGUCUGGAGGUUACCCGAGUACGAACUACAGCAAUCAUACUCCUACAUCAAACCAGGGAAACUAUACCGACUAUACAUCAAACCCUUAUCAGAACUAUACUCCUGACGCUGCUAACACUAGUAGCUCCACUAUUGCAACCACAACACCUGUACAGUAUCAACAGAACUACCAACAGUGGCCAGGUUAUUACAGUCAAGCAGAAGUUCCCUGUGCCCCUGGAACGGAAAAGUUGCCUGCCGCUAGUACAUUUAGUCAGAGCUUUCCAGUUCCUGCUGUUACUAAUGAAUUGCCUGCUUCAAAUGGUCAGCCUGCUCCGUCUUAUGCUUCAAAUAGUCAGCCUGCUCCUUAUGCUUCAAAUGGUCAGCCUGCUCCGUCUUAUGCCCAACCUUGGAGGCAGGAAACUAACUCAUCCCAGCCACCUUCUCAGCAGCCUGGUGCAGCGGUUAGGGCCUCUAAUGAUUCUUACUGGAUGCAUCAAACACCAAAUCAGCAAGCUCAUUAUCCUGUUCCUCCACAAACUCAUUACCAGAGUCCUCUGGAGACGAAACCCUUAUAUGAGACCCCCUUUCAGGGUCAUCAGAGAGCGACAUAUCCUCAAGAACUGAACUCUCAGUCUUCCAUUCACCAGGCAUCAUUAGGCUAUCAACAGCCUACUCAGACAACACUGCCAGUUCAUACGCAAAGGGUAAGCAAAGUACAGAUUCCAACUAACCCUAGAAUUGCUUCAAACUUGCCAUCAGGUUAUACCAAAAUGGAGAAAGAUAGUUCAGCAUUCGGUGCAACCAAAACACCUGCAUAUGUUAGUGUUUCAAUCCCAAAGCCAAAUGGCCAUCCCACUGCUACGCCUGAGCCUGAAACUAUGCCGAAAUCGCUUCGGGGGUUUGUUGAGAGGGCUUUUGCACGCUGCAAGGAUGAUAAAGAAAAGGCAUCUUGCCAGGCCGCUCUAAGAGAGAUCAUCACCAAAGCUAGGGAUGAUCGUACUCUUCAUACUCGGGAUUGGGAUACUGAGCCUCUCUCAACCGUCCUGAACGUAGUUGUGACUAACACUGAGUCAAGCUCCACUCUUAAUUCUUCGUUACAAAAUAAGAGCCCAACAAGACGACCCAAAAGUAGAUGGGAGCCGUUACAGGAAGCAAAACCAUUUGUCAAGUCGGCUCCGACUUUCAGCAGUGGUGUUAAGUUUGGAGGUUGGAAUCACCAAAAUGAAAACAACAAGAAGAUCUCUGAGAAUUUUCAGAAGGUUGAUCCUACCACCAAUUCCAAACCCACAUACUCUUGGCAAAAUUCUGCAAAGAAGAGUUUCCAACGGCCUGUCAAGCGACAGCGUUUUUCUGGUGGUGUAGCUACUGCCAUUGAUGAUGAGGCGUCUAGUGAUAGUGACAAGGAGUUGACCCCUUACUAUUCCAGUGCAAUGGCACUUGCUAGUUCUACCGAGGAAAAGAAGCGGCGUGAUAGUCGUUCCAAGCGUUUUGAGAAAGUUCAAGGGCACAGCCGAGGGAAUGAUAUUCCUAAACCCAAAAAUGCAAAUGUUGGAAAUUUGCAUCCUAGAAGAGCCACUGCAUUGAGGCUUAGCAGAGACUUGGAUGAAAGUGGCAGCAGAGCUGUAGAAGACAUUGACUGGGAUGCACUAACUGUUAAAGGAACUUGCCAGGAAAUUGAGAAACGUUAUCUCCGGCUUACUUCUGCACCGGAUCCUUCCACCGUAAGGCCAGAGGAUGUACUAGAAAAAGCUCUGUUAAUGGUUCAGGACUCUCAAAAGAAUUAUCUUUAUAAAUGUGAUCAGCUAAAAUCUAUUCGCCAAGACCUCACAGUACAGCGGAUACACAAUCAUUUAACAGCUAAGGUUUAUGAAUCACAUGCAAGAUUGGCUUUGGAGGCUGGGGAUUUGCCCGAGUAUAAUCAGUGCCUAUCACAAUUAAAAAUCCUGUAUUCGGAAGGUAUAGAAGGAUGCUCUCUGGAGUUUGCUGCAUACAAUCUGCUCUAUAUUACCUUACACUCUAACAACAACCGAGAACUGCUAUCAUCUAUGUCCAGAUUAUCCGAAGAAGCUAAGAAGGAUGAAGCAGUAAGACAUGCUCUCGCAGUUCGUGCAGCUGUAACAUCAGGAAAUUAUGUUAUGUUCUUCAGACUCUACAAGACUGCGCCAAACAUGAACAGUUGCCUCAUGGAUCUCUAUGUGGAGAAGAUGCGCUAUAAAGCAGUGAAUUUCAUGGCUCGGAGUUGUCGUCCUACAAUCCCGGUUUCACACAUAGUCCAAGUGUUGGGAUUUGGUGCUUCAACCGAAGGUAAUGGUGAAAAGGAGAGUGAUGGUAUGGAGGAGUGUUCUGAAUGGCUAAAAGCCCAUGGUGCUAGCCUCAUAUCUGACAGUAACGGAGAUUUGCUUCUUGAUACCAAAGCGUCAACGAACAGUCUCUUCAUGCCAGAACCUGAAGAUGCAGUCUCUCAUGGAGAUCGAUAUCUAGAUGUCAAUGAUUUUUUCACGCGUACAGUAUGA